UGUAAAUCAGUUCGAAUCAACAGUUCAACUAUUCAAAACCAAAACCAAAACCAAAAAAAGUCAAGAUGAAAUUCGCAGUUUGCUUGCUAUUGUCGUGCUUGAGCCUCAUCAGCACACUUCCAACUGAAGAUCAUCAACACCAUGUGCAAGUUUGGGGCAACGUUCAUGGUCAUGAGUUGGGCUCACACUAUGUUAAGAUGGCGAUGCCUGACAAUAAACACACCGUCUACGAAUUCACCUAUCCGUUUCACGGACAAUCUGAAUAUCCAAUUGUGGGCGUAAAACUCUUAGACUACCAUCAACACACAAAAGUUGAAUUUAUCAAAGGACAGUUUGGAGACCAUCAAUUGACUCUUAAAGUGACAGCUGACGAUCAUCCAAUCGACGCUCAUUUCCUUUUCUACGUUGAAAAUCACUAAACAGCCGAAAUAAAGUGGACCAACUCUUAUCUUCCAAUUCAAUUACUCUUUUGAAUAUUCUUUUCUUAAAAUUUCAAUUCAUUUCAAUAAAGUAGUUACAAUCUUUGCAAAGUAUAACAAAUUGA